AUGGGGUAUAAAGGUGCAGAAGAUACAUUUAAUUCUGCUGUUGAAAGCGGAAAUCUUGAAGUAAUUAAAUAUUUACAUGAAUUAGGGUAUAAAGCAAUUAUUCGCGCUAUAGAAAAUGGUAACCUUGAACGAGUAAAAUAUUUGCAUAAAUUAAAGUAUUAUUAUGAAGAAUUAGCAAUUAAUUAUGCUACUGAAAAUUAUGACUUUGAAUUUGAGCAACAAUUAUAUAAAUUUAAGUAUAAAUAUGAAAAAUGUGCAAUUAGUUCUGCUGCUAUAAACGGUCACUUUGAAGUAGUAAAAUAUUUACUUGAAUUAGGGUAUAAAUGUGAUAAAUUAGCAAUUAGUUAUGCUGCUAUAAAUAACCACUUUGAAAUAUUAAAAUAUUUACAUGAAUUAGGGUAUAAAUGUUACGAUUGGACAAUUGAUGAUGUUGCUAAAAAUGGCCACCUUGAAAUAUUAAAAUAUUUACAUGAAUUAGGGUAUAAAGGGUAUAAAAGUUCAAGAUAUGCAAUUAAUUAUGCUGCAGAAAAUGGUCAUCUUGAAAUAUUAAAAUAUUUGUAUGAAUUUGGGUAUAAAUGUGACAAAUGGGUAUUUUAUUCUGCUGCAGAAAAUGGUCAUCUUGAAAUGUUAAAAUAUUUAUAUGAAUUAGGGUAUAAAUGUGACAAAUGGACAAUUUAUAUUGCAAAAGAAAAUGACUUAAAACCUAUCCAAAAUUCAUUUUUUUUUAAUCAAAUUUUGGAAGGUUCAUUUGAAAGCUAUUGCAUUGUUCUUUUAAGAGGUGUACAAGGAAUGCAGAAAAGUGGUGCCAUAUUAACAGAAAUUGAUAGUUGGUAA